CGCAGUGUGUUGGGUACCGUGUGUAUCCGGCAUCGCCGGUAGCGCCCGUUCAGUUUCUGCGCGAGCAACUGCGCAGGAACUCGGCGAAGUGUGCCCCGAAGCCUGUGUGAAAAGCGUUGCUCGCAUCCAUCGAGCGCUGGAGCUAACGGUGAUAACCGACAGCUACGUCAUCGGGCGUUUGCCCGAUGAACGCGCGAGGCGGCAACAGCACAUCAGGGAGUGUCAUUUUCGGUGUGGUGUCCGUCGUGCGUCCCGAACACAUGUGGAUGCCGCGUGCCCUGUUGGUGGUCUGCGUCGUAGCGCUAAUCAUCGUGUCCUGCCUGGUCGGGCUCUAUGUGGCGGGAAUACUGCGACGACGCGGAAUGUUCUCGCAAAGGGACCCUAAUGGGCCGGGUGGUAACAGCGGCUACCCGUCCGGCUACGAAUUCGGAUGGCAGCAAGCACCGCGGUGUACAACAAGUGGAACUCCAGUAGCCUACUCCUGUGCGGCGGCCACGCCGACGUGGCAGUAUCCUGCGCCAAACGCAUACGGAGCGCAGCAAGGAUACUCUGGACAGCCGUGGGCAGCUCAGCAACACAGCUACCCGCCACCGUAUUACCCGCCGGGAACUGCAGCGCCCAAGAACGUGGCCCCGCUGUACCCCGUUUAGAGCGUACCAAACUACCGCUAAGCCUUUGUGUUCCACAUAAGUACCGCUUAGAAGCGGAAGUUUUGAAAGCAUUUUUCACUCGUCGAAUUUUUAC